GCAAUAAAAUGUGAAAUUGAGAGUGUGUGUGCUUGCGUGUGUGUUUGUAAAAUUUAACAAUACUUAACGUUCAAAUUACAAAAAGAUUUCGGUAUUUGAAUGUUAUCGAUUGAGACAUUAUGUAUGUUAAGUGCGCCGCGAUAACGCUUCCAAUAACAACGAAUACUUAUUUACUUCCUGAUCGAGAUAUAUUGGAUCAUAUUGACUAUAUGCGAUGCCAUUGACAUUAUACCAGUAUUGGCAAAUCGGGAUAUACGUAAAUAUUUCAAUAAAUAGUUCAACAAUUAUCAGAUUGUUUUUCAAACUGUGUUAUCAUUGUUGAAUACGAACCUCAUAGGAAAGUGAUAAGACAUUAAAUAAGGCUAAUAAUAGGACGAAAUCGAAAGUAGAAAAAACCUUUCCUACUAUAAGCGAAUUAUUGAAAUGCGUUCGAAAUAAAUAUGAUAUAAACGUGCUAUUUUACACACAAAUAUUAGGAAUAAUUAUGUCUAGCUCAUCUAAAACGAAGAAAACCAUCUCUUACAAGUUGGUAGUAGCAGCUAUCGACUUUGGUUCUACGUUUUCUCGAUACGCUUAUUCCAUGAACCACGAUUUUAAUGAAAACCCAUCUAAAGUGAGCACCAACUCAGACUGGGUGGCUGGGGGACAAUUGAUUUCUCAUGAAGCGCCGACCGUGCUCUUACUGAACCCCGACAGGACGUUUAAGGCGUUUGGAUAUGACGCGGAAAGUCAAUACGGAGAACUUGCGGCGCAGGACGCUGAGAGAGACGAUGGAAAAUUAUUUCACAAAGAGCACUUCUACUUCAGAAGAUUCAAGAUGAAAUUGUACAAAACAAAAAAUUUAAUGAGGAGUACAGAGAUUGAAGACGAACAAGGGAGAAAGAUGAAUGCGAUAGAAGUAUUUAGCAUCUGUAUUAAAUACUUGUCGGACGAGUUCAGAAAACUAAUUAAUAAAAGAGUUACGCAGAUCAAAGAAACAGACAUUCAUUGGGUGAUAACAGUUCCCGCCAUAUGGAACGACGCCUCAAAGCAGUUCAUGAGGGAAGCUGCAGAGAAGACCGGCCUUGAUGGUAGCCGCCUAACGAUAGCAUUGGAACCUGAAGCAGCCUCGCUUUUCUGUAUGCACGUUCCUGUUGACAAGAUGGCAAUUACUGGAAAACCUGCUGUCAAUAAGUCGCCGCAGAUUUCUAAUUUUCCGAUAGGAACGAAGUAUAUGGUGGUUAAUGCAGGAGGCGGCACAAUUGACAUCAGCGUCCACGAGGUAAUUGACGAAGGUCAUCUGAAGGAGCUCAACUGGGCCAGUGGUGGGGCGUGGGGAGGUACUAUGGUGGACAAGGCAUUCGAGGACUUCAUUAUUAAACUAUUUGGAAUUAAAAGUUACGAAGAAUUCAAGAAAAAUCAUGUUGAGGAUUUAGUAGACCUACAGAGGGAACUUGAAUUAAAGAAACGAAGUAUUUCAGUGAGUAAAGAAGGAAAAGAAACGCUCAAACUCCCUGUGACCCUGUGUGACGUAUAUACAGAGUUGACGAAGAAGAGUCCACAAGAUGCUAUCAAAGACAAUAAAAAAUUUGCAGGGAAAGUUACCUAUACAGCUGGGAAAUUGAGGGUUGACUGUGAUGUUAUGAGAAGCUGGUUUAAGGAAUGUUGUGAAAAGACGAUUGACCAUGUCAGUAAAUUGUUGAAACAACCAGAGAGCGCAGGAACAAACACAAUUUUGAUGGUCGGUGGAUUUUCCGAGUCUAUGAUGCUUCAAGAACAAAUGAAAGCUGCCUUUGGCGAUAAAAGGUUAAUCAUACCUGAAGAUGCUGGAUUGGCUGUGCUGAAAGGUGCCGUUAUUUUUGGACAUGAUCCGUUGACGAUUGCUUCGAGGAUUGCCAAAUGUUCCUAUGGUAUUUGCGUGUACCGGGACUUUAACCCUUCCGAGCAUCCCCAAGAUAAACUUGUACGGCUCGGGAGCAGAAAGAAAUGUAAGGAUAUCUUCGCAAGACAUGUGAAAAAAGGGGACGAAUUAGUCGUUGGCCAAGCACAAUCAACUUUGCGGUAUUCGAAACUAGAAGAAGACCAGAUAUCCCUUGAUUUUGACAUAUAUACGUCCCCGGAAGAUAACCCAAAGUUUGUUGAUGGUACCGACUGCACAUUCCUCGGGAAACUCGAGGUAGAAGUUCCGCAUGAGAAAAGUAGAGGGAUAGGGGUGUUCGUCAGCAUGAUAUUUGGCGGCACAGAACUGACUGUAAUAGCGAAGGAGGAGAAAAGUGGAAAAAUCAAGAAAGCCACGUUUAAUUUUCUGAAAUAAAGUGUACUAUUUGUGUAAUUAAGUUUUGAAACAGUGAAACACAUGUAUAUUGUGUAAGAAUAUAAAACCUUUUAUUUUCUGUGACCUUAUGUUUUGAAUGUUUAACGGUAAUCGCAAGUUGUUUGUGUGUGUAACUACUGUUAAAUGCAGUCCUUUUAAUGGCGAAAUUAAGUGUGGGAAAUCAAAAGUUGCUUUUAAACUAACACACUGGCGGUCGGAACUCUUCAAAAGACGUUGAAAUAUAUACUCAAAUCUUGGGCGGUUCCAGGAAUUGGCGUUAGAGGGCACACAACUUAAGGGCACAACCUUUUGACAUGCGCAUCUCACCCGAAAGCGAAAUUUAUAUGGUGUAAGAUGUAGGAAGCGGGUUUUGCCCCCCCCCCACACACACACACACCAGAACAUUUAAACAAUUUCUGUCCGUUAUAGUAGAUUUUGGGCGUUUUCUUUCUUUCUUUUUUCUUCAAUAAUGACAUUAAACUUUGCAAAUAUUAUCCUUUAAGUCUACGUUUUGAAUAGCGUUAGUAACGCGAUAAAACAAAAUGCUUCAACGUAAAAGUAUCCCUCGCCUAUUACAGAGUAAGUCUCAAUCUUUUUUGUUCUUGACUUUUCCGACGUGGGUUUGCUCCCCACUACAACCAGGCUUUUAUACUUUAAUUGUAUCUUUUUCUGCAAUUUCGGUAUCAGAGAGAAAAUAAUUAAAAAAAGUGUUUUAUGAUGCAUAACCGUGAAAAUACAUUCGUUCCAAAUCAUGAGCAUGCCCCUUUAAGUCGUUGCGCAUGCAUAAUGCAAUGGGUCUAACAAAAUAAGAUUGAUAAAUUAACUUGUUUUGCCUUGUUUUAACUUGAUUUAACUUGAUUGGGUUAUACUGAUUGACGGAUGGAUAACGACGAAUUGUUUAGUUAAAGAUGUACUUUUACUCCCAAUUUUUUUAUCACAAUUAAUCCUAUUAUUUUAAUCUUCUUAAAAGGAUGAAUAAAUGUAAAAAAGAAUGGUUCUUAUGAAGGAUACGGAGUUUAAAUUGAACGAAAUGUGCCUAAAACGCGGUAUUUCUACCUUACUACUAUAGAAGGUCGCAAUAAAUCUUUUAGCAUUCACAAAUUAUUUAAUAUUUGUUCGUUUUUAGCUUAUAAGUACUCGGUUACAAUCUUGUUACCAGUUUUUAAUAUUUUCCAUAAAUGCAUAAUUUAGUGCUAAGUUAAAAGUUUA